CUAGCCCGCGCAUUGCCAUCCUCAUCUGCUACUCUCAAAAAUCACUUCCUUUUACUGUCCACGUGCAUUGCACGCGCCAUAUCUACUAUCUGCUGGUUGUAGCUAAAACCCUUUCGAAGCUAAAACCCUUCUCAACUUCCGCAUUUCAAAGAAAGAGAAAGAAGAAGAAGAAGAAGAAGAGGAGGAUAAGAAGAAAGGAGAAGAAAAGAUAAUGAUGAUGAUGAUGGUGUUAUAGAGUAGGAAAGGAACGGAGAAAAAAGGGGUGUUUUGGGUAAUGGCUUUUCAGCAGCUGCUGCUGCUGCCUAGUUCCUCCUCUCAUCAGAGCCCUCUCCCUCCAAAUUCUCUUCUUCUCGCUUCCCAUUUCUGCAGGCCAUUGAAGAUUCCCAACCCCCAUCUGCGAAGAAGACCAUCAUGUCGUACCCUAAGGAUUUCAAAGGUUUUGGCUUUCUUUGGCUUGACAACCCCUCCUUAUAAGCUAGAUGCGUUGGAACCAUAUAUGAGCCGGAGGGCACUUGAAAUGCAUUGGGGAAAGCAUCAUCAGGACUAUGUGGAGGACUUGAACAAACAGCUGGAGAAAAGCCCAUUAUAUGCAUACACAAUGGAGGAACUGGUCAAAGUAACCUACAACAAUGGGAACCCCUUACCAGAGUUCAACAAUGCUGCUGAGGUCUGGAAUCAUGAUUUCUUCUGGGAAUCCAUGCAACCUGGAGGUGGUAAUAUGCCUUGGGGUGGUGUUCUUCAGCAGAUUGAGAAGGAUUUUGGCUCCUUUACAAAUUUCAAAGAAGAGUUUGUGAACACAGCCCUUGCACUAUUUGGUUCUGGCUGGGUGUGGCUUGUGUUGAAAACCCAAGAGAAAAGGCUUGCUGUGGUUAAAACAUCAAAUGGCGUUAACCCGCUUGUUUGGGGCGACAUUCCAAUUAUCAAUCUGGAUAUGUGGGAGCAUGCUUACUAUACCGAUUACAAGGACAACAGGGGGAAAUAUGUGAGCGUAUUCAUGAACCACCUUGUUUCGUGGAAUGCAGCGACGACCCGCAUGGUCCGUGCUGAGGCCUUUGUGAAUCUAGGGGAGCCAAAUAUUCCAGUGGCUUGAAAGUUUCAUGAACUGGAAUUUUAUAUAUAUAUAUAUAUAUAUAUAUAUAUAUAUAUAUAUAUAUAUAUAUAUAUAUAUAUAUAUAUAUAUAAUCCCAAUCUGUAUUGGUAUUAUAUGAUAUUUAGAGUUCUGUAGCUAAUCCUAAUCUGUAUUGGUAUUCUAUAUAGAUAGGUGCAUACAUGUGAGUGGCUUUGUUUUAAACAGCAUUAGAUAAAUAUCAUGAUGAUGAACAUUAAUGUUCUGUAUAUGUUUAAUGAUCAUUGUAACAGGUGAUUCAAAGCAAAAAAUUAAAAAUUAAAAAUUGGCCAUUAAAUGGCUGGUAUGGAAAACUCUAUUUCUAACA